AUGGGGUCAACUAUUAAAAGAUCUCUAUCAGAUGGCAAUAUUCUUUGUGAAACUGACUCUAAAACUGAUCACCUCAAUAUAAAGAUCAGGCAGAUAUAUAGGGGAAUAGCUUCUCAGGUUGUACUAGAAGCCCAAAAAGAAGCAUCUGCAGCAGCAAUGACAGUUAAAUGCCUAAGUAUGUUUGCCAAUAUCUGCUCUUCUGCAUCAUCAGAGAACCCUCAUGCCACACUGAACAAAUUUUUUGCCCUCCAGCAACUCAUGGACCAGCCAAAUGGUACAACUCAGUCGAAAGAUAAACCACUUCAACUAUAUAAGAUUCCAACUGCGGCAGAAAAACAUAAAUCGGGCAAGACGGCAGGUGUGAUGCCUGUUAAAAGCACGUCAAAGACUCCAAAACCCUUAACCAAUCUAUCAAGAACUGAGAAGCAAGAAUGGGCCAAAGAGGAUGGCACCAAAGAGAUCAAUGAGCUGAAAGAGGUCUUUUUAAAUGAAACAAGAUCAUGGUUUCUGAUGUACUUGAAAAAGACAUUAGAUGCUGGGUUUUCCAUUGGCUCCCAAGAGAAGGGCAAGGAAAGUAGGGAUAAUGCAGGAAGACAGAUGGAGCAAACCAACCAUUUAGCUCUCACGUUGUCACACCUUAAGCAUGCAAAUGAGUGGCUGGACAAAUUGAGAAGCAGUUCUAACUCGGAAAGUGAAGGGCUGGUGGAGACUGUUGACAGGUUGAAGCAAAAAGUUUAUUCUUGUCUGCUUGUACAUAUUGAUUCCGCUGCAUUAGCUUUGGAGAACCGAGCUUGAUUCUAGGUCAAGAAACUGCUUCACAACAAUAUAACUCUAAUUCUAUUUAUUAGUUAAAUUAUUAAACGG